AACACUGUGAACCGCAUCGCCGUCGAAUGGGCCAAUCCACUUCCACAUUCCGGCGAUAUAAAGCUAGCUUCACUUCUCCGGUACUACCUAAUGAAGGCGAACAAAACUCCGGUGCCGAUGAGCCGUACGAUUGUACUUCUAACUUACCAGACGAAUGUUUAUCGUUGAUUUUCCAAUCGCUAACUUGCGCCGACCGGAAACGUUGCUCACUUGUGUGUCGUCGGUGGUUAACGAUUGAAGGACAGUGUCGUCAUCGUCUUUCUCUCAAAGCUCAAUCUGAUCUUAUCUCAGUGAUACCUUCUCUCUUUUCUCGGUUUGAUUCUGUUACUAAGCUUGUUCUUAGAAGUGACCGUAGAUCUCUUGGUAUUUGUGAUAAUGCAUUCGUUAUGAUUUCGGCUAGAUGUCGGAAUCUGACGCGGUUGAAGCUGCGCGGUUGCCGCGAGAUCUCGGAUUUAGGGAUGGUUGCUUUCUCUGGGAAUUGUAGGAGUUUGAAGAAAGUAUCAUUUGGAUCUUGUGGGUUUGGGGUUAAAGGAAUGAAUGCUAUGUUGAAUAAUUGUUUAGGUCUAGAGGAAUUGUCGGUGAAGCGGUUGCGUGGAAUUAAUAAUGUAGCUGGUGCUGGUGUUGAGCUUAUAGGCCCGGGAGCAGCUGCGGGUUCGUUGAAGAUGAUUUGCUUAAAGGAGCUGCAUAAUGGUCAGUGUUUUGCUCCGUUGUUAAGCGGAGCUAAAGGUCUUAGGACUUUGAAGAUUUUCAGAUGUUCAGGGGAUUGGGAUCGGGUUUUUCAGGAGGUAGGUAAUCAGGUUAAUGCUAUUGUUGAGAUACAUUUAGAGAGGAUUCAGAUAAGUGAUUUGGGUCUAACUGCGUUAUCGAAAUGUUCGGGUGUUGAGGUUCUGCACCUUGUGAAAACUCCUGACUGCACGAAUGUUGGUCUGGCUUUGGUGGCUGAACGUUGUAAACUUCUAAGAAAGCUUCACAUUGAUGGAUGGAAGACAAAUCGAAUUGGCGAUGAAGGGCUUAUAGUAGUUGCUAAAUCCUGCUGGAAUUUGCAGGAGUUGGUUUUGAUUGGUGUUAACCCUACAAAGUUAAGUUUGGAAGCAAUUGUCUCGAAUUGUCUUAACUUGGAGCGAUUGGCAUUGUGUGGAAGUGAUACUGUAGGUGACACCGAGCUAUGUUGUAUUGCUGAAAAAUGUUUGGCAUUGAGGAAGCUUUGCAUAAAGAAUUGCCCCAUUACUGAUGAUGGAAUCAAAGCUCUUGGGACCGGAUGCCCGAAUCUGCUAAAAGUGAAGGUUAAGAAGUGUAGAGGAGUAACCACUGAAGGAGCUGAUCUGUUAAGGACAAGAAGGGCGUUGCUUGUUGUCAAUUUAGAUACUCCCGAGACACCAAUUGCCGAGGCUAGUGUCAGUGAAGGUGGAGCACAAGCAGAUGCAGUUGAGUUCCCUCCAUCCAGACUCCAAAUACCAACACUAGGCAUUGCAUCUGGUAGCACCAGCCGGUCAACCUCGUUUAAGUCACGAUUGGGUUUUAUGAGUCGGGGAAACUUAGUUGCUUGUGCACUGAGAAGGUUGGGAAGUCGUAGCAGGUCCCGGAAUGAUUAGACACUAUGCAAGGAUGUAGAAACCAGUCAAUUCCUACACAUUCGAGAGUAUGAAAUCUGAGUUUGACGCUUUUUUAAGUUUAUUUUAAAAGGUGUGCUUCGUAUUGUGUAGCAGUUUGUUGUUGUUAUAUUGAUUGAUUCAGAAAUUGUUUAGAAUGCUUUAGUUCUUUGUCAAUGAAAGUGUCUUCACAUC